AUGAUUGAUUAUCGUCCUUUUGAUACUCAUAUGGAUUCCAAUGUCAAGCUUCUUCUGGGCCAAGGGGAGCCAUUGAAAUAUCCGGGAAGAUAUCGACGUCUUGCGGGUAAACUUAAUUAUCUUGCUGUCACCAGACCAUAUAUUACAUUUUCAGUGAGAAUUGUGAUCCAAUUUCUGAACGCUCCUUGUGAUAGCGAUUGGAACGUAGUUUUUCGGAUUCUCAAAUAUAUAAAGAAUGCAUCAGGAAUAGGACUAUUACAUGAAUAUAAGGGUGAUGCUAAAAUCACUUGUUAUUCAAAUGCAAAUUGGUCCGAAUCACCGUCAAAUUGGAGAUCCACUCCUGAAUUUUGUGUUCUUAAUGAAGGAAACAUGAUCUCAUGGAGAAGCAAGAAACAAAACACAGUUGCAAUUUCUAAUGUUGAAGCUGAAUAUCGUGCUAUGACAGUAGCCUCAAAGGAGCUUGCAUGA